AUGGAAGACGUUCCACGAGAACGAAGUUAUGGGAUUUUAGGGUUUAGGGUUUUGGUACAAGUUACAAUUGGAUUUGUGAUUGAAGUGAUUGAUGUGGCUCACCAACAUGACGUGUAUGUAAGCACUGAGGAUUGGGCUAAGAAUUUGCUUCUAAAAGACCCUUCGGCUUUUAAGGAGCAUGUGGAGGAGUGUAAGAGCUUGGGAUUUGACACAAUUGAGCUGAAUGUGGGAUCUCUCGGAGUGCCUGAGGAAACGCUUCUAAGACUUGUGCGCUUGAUUAAGAGCGGUGGCUUGAAAGUGAAGCCUCUGUUUGAAGUCAAGGUUAACGAGUCUGAAAUUCCUACUGGUGAUAGAACGUUUAGAGCCUAUGUCGUCCCGAGACCAAGAUCAUCUGGUAUGCUAUGCACUCUUUCCUGA